AUGAGUAACGGUGUCAAAAAGAGGAAGAAGGCUACCCAGGCUCUGCGUGCCUUGCAUCCCCAAGCCACACAAUCCAUCUACCCCCAGCUGCGCACAAUGGACCCCCAAUCAAAAAAGAACAUUGUCAUUGUCGGCGGCGGCAUCAUUGGCUCAACGACAGCUUACUUCCUCUCCCGACAUCCCAAAUUUGACCCCACGCUGCACAAGAUUACCCUUCUCGAGGCCACCUCCAUCGCGGCCGGCGCCUCGGGCAAAGCUGGUGGCCUCCUCGCGCUCUGGGCCUAUCCGCAGCCUCUGGUGCCGCUUUCCUACCGUCUUCAUGCCGAGCUCGCAGCCGAGCAUGGUGGUGCCGAACGCUGGGGAUACCGAAGGGUCGGAUGCGGCAGCUUCGACGCAACAGUCACCCGUGCCAAGCUCGACGCCGUAGAGCAAGCCUCCGCGGCCCGGGCCGCUGCCGUACCUGGUGCGAAUGACGGAGAAGAACAAAAAGGUUGGGAGCGGCUCCCGAAACAGGACGACGCGGCGGAAGCUCUGCUGGCAGAUUCGGUGGUCCCCAAGGACCUCGAUUGGGUCGAUCACGAAAUCAUCGACUCGUACCAGGAAAUGGGCCACCCCGGCGCGACGGAAACCGCACAGGUCCACCCCUUCCACUUCACAACGUCCAUGGCGGCCCUCGCAGCCGAGAAAGGCGUCGACAUUCGCACGCGCGCAAAGCUCACCAAGAUCAACUCGUCGCCGACCGGCGUCGAAUCGGUGGAGUAUCUCGACCGCGACACGUCCGAGACGCACACCCUGUCCGACAUUACAGACGUCAUCGUCACCGCCGGCCCCUGGACCGGCAAGCUGCUCCCAAAAUCCAAGGUCGAGGGCCUGCGCGCCCACAGCGUCGUCUACGACGCGACCGUCUCUCCCUACGCCGUCUUCACCCGCGUCCUGCUGCCCGAGGACUAUGUCCCCGCCCACCGCGUCGUCAAGGGCCAGCGGCGCAAGCACAAGCGCAUCGUCGACCCGGAGAUCUACGCCCGCCCCUUUGGCGAGGUCUACGCCUGCGGCGAGCCCGACCGCACCGACCCGCUGCCCGACACAGCAGACCUCAUCCGCGUCGACGAGGCCAACUGCGACGACCUGCUCGCCUACAUUGCCACGUUCAGCCCGCAGCUGGCAGCCGCCAACGUCAAAGCCAAGCAGGCGUGCUACCUGCCGCAGCGCGAGGGCGGGCCGCUGAUCGGCGCGACGUCAACGCCAGGGCUGUGGGUCGCGGCCGGGCACACGUGCUGGGGGAUCCAGAACGGGCCGGCGACGGGGAAGCUCAUGGCCGAGUAUGUGAUGGACGGGAAGACGAGCAGCUCUGAUAUCAGCGAGAUGGACCCCAGGCGGUACAGUCGCGUGUGA